AUGGCCGGCAAGUUUGAGCCCAAGGUUCCCGUGAACCUGAACCCUCCCAAGGACGACCCCAUCUCCCCCGAGGAGCUGGCCAAGGCUACCGGCGUUGACGGCGGCAAGUGCUACGUGGCCAUCAAGGGCAAGGUCUACGAUGUGUCGGGCAACAAGGCAUACCAGCCCGGAGGCUCAUAUCACGUCUUCGCCGGCAAGGACGCCUCCCGCGCCCUCGGCAAGACGUCCACCAAGCCCGAGGACGUGCAGGCCGACUGGAGCGACCUCGACGACAAGGAAAAGGGCGUCCUCGAGGACUGGGUCACCUUUUUCUCCAAGCGCUACAACAUCGUCGGCGUGGUCGAGGGGGCGGCCAACAUGGGAUGA